UGCAAAUCGACACACUAAAAUUGUUUCUACACAAGUACAACGAUCAAAAAAUUUAUUUUGGGAUAUUUGACCAAGGCGGAGAUAGAUAUGGCCGGGAAUAGCGACUCCUGCGCCGUGUGCCUCUGCCGGAUGCGGCACCGAGUGAGCACGCCGUGCAAUCAUUUUUUCUGUAGGCGGUGCCUGCGGAAGGUCUACGACACGAGUCCCUUAAACAGUUGUCCGCUCUGCCGUGCUCCAUUCGAAUAUUACAUUCGCAAAAGGAGCUCCGGUGUUAAAAUAGUAUUCUUUUCAUAAUGUUCGACAGCAAGUGAGUUCCGAAGUGGAGGCUUAAGGGCUGCGCUCUGCAUUUUCAACAAAAUCCAACUGUUUCUUCCUGUUUUAGUUAUAUCUGUUUGCUUAUUACUUAACAACUUCUGUUAGUUGGGUUAAAUAAAUUAAGUUGUUUUGUUGGGUUAACAAUUUUUUGGAA